AUGCUUUCUCUGGACGACGCGCUCAGGGUUGCGUUGCAAUCGCUGCUGAAUGUGAGUCUGAACGAAACUCAGUGGCGUCAGGCUUCCUUACCGGUUCGAUACGGCGGUCUUGGUGUUCGGCGAGUACAGGACAUCGGUUUGGUGGCCUUUUUAGCGUCGGCGCAUGGUUCGGCAGGUCUCGUUGCUCGUAUUCUGGGAGUCCAGGGUAGCGAUGUGUGCGUGCCAUUCGUUUCCGAGGCUUUAGCGAAAUGGGCCACAUUAUGCCCUACCGGUGAACGUCCUGAUAGCGUAGUGGCGCAGAGAGCAUGGGAUGACAUCCUUUGCAAGCUUGCGCGUGCCAGUUUGGAGAGUGGGGCUUCGGGGAACGACUUGGCGCGCCUCAAGGCAGGUACAAUGCCUGAGUCGGGAGCGUGGUUGCAUGCUUUGCCGUCUCCGCACCUGGGCACACUGUUGGACAACGACUAUCUGAGAAUUGCAGUGGCCCUAAGGUUGGGAUGCAAAGUGUGCAACGCGCACCGAUGCAUUUGUGGUAUGAUGGUUGAGGAGAAUGGUCACCACGGGCUGAGUUGCCAGAGGUGCGCCGGUCGUUUCCCGAGACACCACUCUUUAAAUGAAAUUGGGGCGUACGAUUUUGUGCCCGUUGCUGUCGAAACAGCCGGACCAUGGUGCAGCGAGGCGUCCGAAUUGUUCAGAGAACUGGGUCGGCGGCUGAGAGAGAGGGGGAGUGAUCCCCGAUCUGGGUCUUGGCUUGUCCAACAAGUCUCCAUCGCCAUACAGCGCGGCAACGCUGCAAGUGCGAUGGGGACUUUUGGACCAGGCAUGCCACAGAUCGCGGGUCUUAGGCAGUCUAAUAGUCAAACUCCCGGUCUAGUUGCAUUAUCGGAGUUUUUGAACGAAAUUAGCACUGCAGCCAAACGCGUCAACCGACAUAGGCCGUCGAACAGAUUGCGGAACACAGUAAACACGGUAUCUUUUGAGCACGACCCUAGGCGAGCAAGCAGUUCUCGCGAUAGGCGUCGCGCCCCCGCGUUUUCCCGCGAUCCUAGCACGGAGUCGGAAUCAGAUUCCCACGAUCAUUACGUACGCGAAGCGCCGCGUAGUAAUAAACCCGCUAUCGCGCAAGUUAAGCCUCGCGAUAGUAACAAAAAAAAACCCGCGUCGACCGGAGCUAAGCCCAAACAACCGACAUCGUCCGUCCCUGUCUCGCGCAGCACGUGCGCCGUUUGCCAGAACGGCCACGAGCACAAAGUUAGCGCGUGUCGUAAAUUUUUAGCGGCGACGAUUCCUGAACGGUGGGACUUAGCAAAGGGCGCUAGAUUAUGCUAUAGGUGCUUAGACGCGGCUCACCGUAAGUUCAAGUGCAAGUACAUCGCGUGCGGAGUUAACCAAUGCGAAGCCGGACAUCAUAAGCUAUUACACGGACUGAACGCGGCCGCGCCCGCGAACGGUAAUAGUACUCCGGCGGCAGCGGUUAAUAAUAUUAGGCUCCCGCAAACGUACCUCAAAGUCAUGCCUGUAGAGGUGUCGGGACCGCUAGGUACCGUGCAAACCCUCGCGCUGCUAGACGAAGGCGCGGCUAUGACUUUGAUGCUUCACGAAACGGCCGAUAAACUCGCGCCUCGCGUAAAAGGCGAAACUCUAGAGAUAGAAGGCAUAGGCGGCGUAUUCAGAAAUCCAGAUUCGUAUACGUUACGAGUCGCAAUACGGGGUUUUUGUAGCCGACACAUGGAAAUGAUGGAGGUAAUCACGAUUGGCGAUAUUGGCAUAGGAAUGCAGGGCGUACCACGUGACGUAGUCGACAAGUGCGAACACUUGACUAAAAUCGCGGACGAAUUAAGUUACCCGACCGGCAUACCUACCAUCGUGAUAGGACAAGAUAAUUGGCACCUCAUCAUUUCUCGGCAAAUUUUAGAGGGCCCGCCUGAGCUUCCCAUUGCUAGCCUAACUAGACUGGGCUGGGUUUUACACGGCCCAGAUAGAACGCGCCGCGCCGCGGUAAAUUUUGUAGGGCACGCACGGCCUAAAACCGCGGACGACGAGGAUUUAGAGCUAAUGAAACGGCAUUUUGACAUAGAAUCAUUAGGCGUUUCACAAAAGCUACCUCGGGCCGAUCCCGACCAGCGUGCGCUAGACUUGCUGAAAACCACCUGUGUAAAAAUACCGGGGGAGAAUAGGUAUCGAGCGGGCUUAUUAUGGCGGACAGACGACGAAAAGCUCCCAGAUAACCGAGCGCAAGCAUUAAAACGGCUGUACAAUCUAGAACGAAAACUAGACCGAGAUGCAACGUUAAAGGCAGAAUAUGCAAAGCAUAUGGCUAACUUGCUUGACAAAGGUUACGCGGAGAAAAUGGAGUCGCCGCCCCCCCUCGAUGCGCCCCGGGUGUGGUACUUAGCGCAUUUCCCAACAUUUCACCCGCAACGCGGCAAAAUGAGAUUAGUGUGGGACGCGGCCGCCACGGCCUACGGACGGUCGCUCAAUAGCGCGCUUUUGGCUGGCCCCGACUUAUUAGAGUCACUCUUUGGCGUACUAGUGCGUUUCCGCGAGGGUAAAAUCGCGGUAAUAGCGGACGUCAAAGAAAUGUUUUUACAGAUCGAGAUAAUUGAACAAGAUCGCGAUGCGUUACGUUUCGUUUGGCGGGGGGAGGACCGCACCUCUCCACCGCAAGAAUACAGAAUGAAGCGGCUUAUAUUUGGAUCGGCAGCGUCGCCGACAACCGCGCUAUACGUCAAAAACGAAAACGCAAGAACGCAUAGCGAACAAUUUCCGAUCGCAGCUGAAAAAACAAUAAAAAAUACGUACAUGGACGACAUGUUGAUCGCGCUCGAUACGUCCGAGGACGACGCCAGGCGCAUCGUAAACGAGGUUUACGAACUAAAUAUGCGCGCGUCAUUCGAGCUUCGCGGGUUCGCUUCGAAUCAUCCUGCGGUUAUUGCUGACGUAGUUAACAGUAAAGAGGAAACGUCAUUGUUAGGCGCUAGCGAGAGCGAACGUACGUUAGGUUUGAAAUGGAAUCACAAGCGUUACACCUUAGGUUUCAACGUAAACUUUCGCAACACGCCCGAGGACGUACUUAACGGUCAGAAAUUACCCACAAAACGACAGGUUACGAGUAGUGCGAUGUCAAUAUUCGAUCCGAUCGGAUACGUUAGCCCCAUAUCCGUCUUAGGCAAGGCAUUAAUGCAGGAGAUAUGGCGCACCGGAAUCGGAUGGGACUCGCCCAUACCCGUCUCGCUCGCACCCGCAUGGCGAUCGUUCAUAGAUAACGUACAACAAUUACGGGACUUGGAAAUUCCGCGACACGUGCCCGCAUUUAAUAGGGAGGCAUAUAUGCAUGUUUUUUGCGACGCAAGUGAAAAAAUAUAUGCCGCGGCCGUGUACCUAGUCAGCGUCAACCCCGAGGGGACUAGAACGUCCGCAUUAGUGGCCGCAAAGGCCCGAGUGUCACCUCUCCGGGUAGUUAGUAUUCCACGAAUGGAAUUACAGAGCUGCGUACUAGCGACUAGGUUAGCGGAGACCAUAGUCAAAGAGUCAGACUACGUAAUAAAGGACAAGUAUUUUUGGUCUGACUCCAAAACGGCACUCACGUGGAUACGGUCGGACCCACGUAGGUACAAAACGUUCGUCGCACAUAGGUUAGCGGAAAUCGAGAACACUACCACCCCCGCCAACUGGCGCUGGGUGCCUAGUGCAGCUAACGUAGCUGACGACGCGACGCGCGGUAUACCUACGCAAUUUGGAGCGAACCACCGAUGGUUCAUAGGGCCCGAUUUCAUACGUAAAAGCGAGGAGCAUUGGCCGACAGAGAAAACGCCCGCGCCCGUCGCCGAUACGGGCGAAGAACGCGUUAACAAGCUCGUAUGCUCGGUAGGCGCCGCGAAAAAUAAGUUUGAGUACCUGCCGGAGGUAUGUAGGUUCUCAAAGUUCGUACGCUUAGUCCGCGCCACCGCUAAAACACUGGUUGCCGCCGAGGUUUUUAAAGCCGCAUUGCUUAAAAAGAAACCAGACACAGACAUAAAUAAGGGGCAUUUGAACUUAGCAGAGAUAUUGCUUAUACGCCGGAGUCAACAUGAAGCCUUUCCAGAGGAAAUCAAGUUAAUGGAAACUGGACGGCCGAUUCCGAAGAAAUCGCCACUCCAUAAAAUCGCAGUAAAACUCGACAAAAAUGGAGUCAUCGUGCUGAACGCCAGAAUAGAUAAAGAGGUACACAUACCCGUUCUACACGCUAAAGAAGAUUUCGUUAAGCUGCUAAUACAUCAUUUUCAUGCUCUCUACAAUCACGGCAACCACUCAACAGUGAUAAACGAGCUGAAACAGAGAUAUUAUAUUAUCGGUCUGCGCGGUAGCAUUCGUUAUAUAACGAAUAAGUGCCAAUGGUGUCGGACCUAUAAGGAGACCACACUCAAGGUUCCUGUAGGCGACUUACCACCAGAGAGGCUCCAGGCGAAUCAACCGCCAUUUACCGCCGCAGCCGUAGAUUUAUUUGGCCCAAUGAAUAUUACAAUAGGCCGCCGCCGCGAGAAAAGAUGGGGCGUAUUAUAUACUUGCCUCACUACCCGAGCUGUGCACUUAGAGCUUGCCGCCUCACUUUCGGCAUCCUCUAUGAUACUCUCACUGCGCAGAAUGAUAGCUCGGCGCGGCACGCCUACCGUUCUGUACUCCGACAACGCAACUAACUUCUACGGAGCAGAACGAGAAAUUGCAGAGGCCAAGAAAACGCUGCCAGACAGUCUAAAGCCAUUCCUGACUGAACGAGCGAUCACCUGGAAAAAGAUACCGCCUGGCAACCCUUCCGCCGGCGGUGCAUGGGAACGACUCGUGGGCAGCGUGAAAACUGCACUGAAAGCUACACUAAAAGAGAGAGCACCUCAUGAAGAAGUUCUACAUACGCUGCUUCUAGAAGCCGAGCACGUAGUGAACUCCAGACCACUGACACCUGUGAAUCCAGACCUAGAUGUCGAGGCUCUAACGCCGAACCAUUUUCUCAUCGGCCGGUCGAGCGCAAUGGCACCGCUGGGCGUCUUCACAGACAAAGAUAUGUCACUGUCGUCAUGGAAGACAGCGCAGAACUUAGCCGAUCACUUUUGGAGGCGCUGGCAGAAAGAAUACAGACCCAGCCUCCUCCCUCGGCCCAGUGCUCACCAGAACGUAGUGUGA